AUGUCACAAGUUGAUACAAAUACUCCUGUACAGACGCCUUCUGGAGACUCGUUUCAUGCGGAGACUAAGCAAGAGGUAAUGGGUGAAUUGGCGCAGGAACCAUUGUCACCACCAGAUCCCUCUCCAGUACCGGAAAAGAGAAAGUUGGAAGAGGACGCAAGUGAAGAGCCGGAAGAAAAGAAGCAAAGAAUGGGGGAAAUGGGGGAACAAGGGGAACAAGGGGAAAAAGAGGAGGAGGUAAGGGAAGUGGAGGUAAGGGAAGUGGAGCUUAAGGAAGAUGAGCCUAAGGAGGAGCCUAAGGAGGAGCCUAAUGAGGAGCCUAAAGAUGAGCCCAAGGAGGAGCCCAAGGAGGAGCCCAAGGAUGAGCCUAAAGAUGAGCCCAAGGAGGAGCCUAAAGAUGAACCUAAAGAUGAGCCCAAGGAGGAGCCCAAGGAUGAGCCUAUAAAGUCCACCCCUGGAUCCCCUCUGGACUCCUCCCCGCAAGUCGAGAUUACUCCCGCACCCAAGCCGCCACCUGAACCAGAUAUGGACAACUUACCGCUCCAUCCCAUGCCCGCACAUCAAGUCAAGUUUGCUCUCAACACAAUCAAAGCAAUCAAACGACUUAAGGAUGCUUCACCGUUUCUUGCACCUGUGGACACGGUGAAACUCAAUAUCCCACUAUACUACAACUAUAUACCACGGCCUAUGGACUUGUCAACAAUUGAAAAAAAGCUCACAGUUGAUGCGUAUGAGGAUAUCUCCCAGUUUGUCGACGAUUUCAACUUGUUAGUGGCAAACUGUAAAAAGUUCAACGGCGAGACUGCAGGUAUUUCCAGAAUGGCAACUAAUAUACAAGCACAUUUCGAAAAACACAUGUUGAACGCACCGCCAAAAGAAUUGCCAUCAGGAGGAGGAGGAGGAGCAGCAGCGGCAUCUUCAGUGGUAGCAGCACCGUCAGUGGUAGCAGCACCGUCAGUAGCUGCUGGGUCCUCUCCCACACCACCGCCUCCUCCCAAAAAAAGAGUAACCACGGAGUCUCAACGAGACUCAGUAGCAGCCACACGGCCAAAAAGAACCAUCCACCCACCAAAGCCAAAGGAAUUGCCAUACGAUGUAAGACCCAGGAAAAAGAAGUUUGCUGCAGAGUUGAGGUUCUGCACGCAAACAAUCAAGGAAUUGAUGUCCAAGAAACAUUACAACUACAACUUCCCCUUUUUGGCGCCCGUGGAUGCGGUUAGUUUGAAUAUACCAAACUACUUUCAAAUUGUCAAGCAGCCAAUGGAUCUCGGCACGGUGCAAUCCAAACUUGCCAACAAUCAAUAUGAAAACGCCGACGAGUUUGAAAAAGACGUGAGGUUGAUAUUUCAAAACUGUUAUGCUUUCAAUCCAGAGGGCACAGAGGUGAAUAUGAUGGGACACAGGUUGGAGGCUGUUUUUGAUAAGAAAUGGGCUAAUAAGCCUGUGCCCGAGCCUACACCGCCCGCGUCUGAGGUAAGUGGAGGGGAUGAGUCUAAUAGUAGCGAGGAGGAAGAGGACGAGGAAGACAUGGAGGAUAUGGAAAUAACCGAAGCACUGCUCUCUGAAAUCCCCGCUAUCCAGCUUCUCGAAAACCAAUUGGCAAGAAUGAAAAAGGAGUUGGAUGAGCUAAAGAAGGAGCACUUGAAGAAAUUAAAAGAACAACAGGCUGCAAGAAGGAAAAAGAAAAAGAAACGUGGCACCACUAAACGCGGCAACAGUCAUGGCCAUGGCCAUCACAACCGCAGCCACAGCCAUGGUAGCCACACCCACCACUCCCACACCAAGUCAAAAAAGUCCAAGGAACCUUUACACCCUGCACAAAACCACCAAAUCAAACUUACUCCACCACAACCUGUUGUCACCUACGAAAUGAAGAAACAGGUCUCCGAAGCGGUCCCCACCUUAUCGGACAAAAAGCUAAAUGCUCUAAUCAAGAUGAUUCAAGAUGAUGUGCAGAUCACCAAUGAUGAUGAGGUCGAGUUGGAUAUGGACCAGUUGGGCGACUCAACUGUGUUGAAAUUGUAUGACUUUUUAUUUGGUGAAAAAGCUUCUCAAAAGUCACAAAGUAAGAGAAAAAAGAAGUCAGGUACAAGUCUAGACGAGUUGGCGCAUUUGAGGUCGCAGCUUGCGCUAUUUGACGAAGGCAAUGGGCAAUCUCAACUGCAGCAAACUAACAAUAAUGGGUUUAUGGAGAUUGCCCAUGAGGAGAGCUCAGAUGAUGCAAUGUCAUCAGAGAGCUCAGAAGAGGAGUAA